AUGCAAAAAUUAAGAGACGUAGCAGACAAAUUUGGUUUAUCAUUAUAUCCAUUGUUGGAUGAUGGACAUCAACUACUUAAGGUUGCCGUUAAAGAAGAUCAGGUAGAAAUGGUGGCAUAUUUAUUGCGGAAAAAAGCAAAAGUUUACAGCAAUGGUAAUGUUCUGUCACUUCUUCAGAUAGCAACCAUGAACAACAACACGAUAAUUUUCAAAAUGCUUCUGGAACACGGGGCUGAAAUAAGUAAUGACAGUAUUCAUUAUAAUAAAUCACUUAUUAAGUUAGCAGUUGAGCACAACAAUACUGAAAUCGCAAGACUUAUCGUUGAGCACAAGAAUUUUGGAAAAGAAUAUGAUCAGUCAUUACUGCGUAGGGCUGUCAAGAAAAACAACUUGGAAAUGGUCUCAUUAUUAUUAGAAACUGGUGCGGAUGUCGAUGAAUAUGAUGACAAUGGAUUCGCUCCAAUCCAUCACGCAGUAAAGGCCCGCAACGAUGAUAUUUUGCAAUUAUUAUUAGAUUAUGGAGCAGAUAUUAAUGCUAAAAAUAAAUAUGGAAAUACUUCAUUUUCUAUGGUUCUAAAGCAUUCGCGUGACGUCACUUAUAGGUCUGAUAUUGAUGAAGUGCAUAUACAUGGCAUUACAAAGAGUAGUAAAUUGGCUAUUCUCCUAGAUAAUGAUGCAGACAUAAAUGAUCUUGAUUACCGUAGAUGUUUCUCAAGUAAUGUUCGAUAUGAUUACCUGUCCCUCGCGGACUUGGAAUCACUGUAA